CAUCCUCUCUCUCCCCAUCGAGUGUUUGUGUUUGUGUUUGCAUAUCAUCUGCCGUGAGAGGAAUUGCUUCAUAAGCUCGCUAAUGGCUUCAAACCAUAUCAAGACGGCCGCGCAUGCCCGAGGGGGCGUCCCCAAAUGUCCAUGCGACAACGAGUCUCGUUGGAGCAUGGAACCUGCUGACAAAAUCACGGCCAUCAGCGUCGGCGCUUCUUCGUGCGUAAACUCCAUUAAGAUAACCUUCGACAUCGACGGAACCACUCGCGUAACUCCCAGAUAUGGAGGCCCCGGCGGUGAACUAUUCCAGUUUACUCUCAUGCCGGAUGAAUACCUCACCUCCGUUUCUGGUUAUGUCAAGCACGACUGUUCUGAAUUCCCUUGUGUAUCUCAACUCACGUUUACCACCAAUCUUGGAAAGACAUACGGUCCAUAUGGAGGUGGGGGUGGAACCUUUUUCGAAGUCAAUGUAGAAUAUGACGAGAUUAAGGGCUUUUUUGGACAUGCAACUACCGAGUAUCUCACUGCAUUUGGACACGACUGUUCUGAAUUCCCUUGUGUAUCUCAACUCACGUUUACCACCAGUCUUGGAAAGACAUAUGGUCCAUAUGGAGGUGGGGGUGGAACCUUUUUCCAAGUCAAUGUAGAAUAUGACGAGAUUAAGGGCUUUUUCGGACAUGCAACUACAGAGUAUCUCACUGCAUUUGGAGUCUACGUGAUGCUGGCUUAG